CAAAGUUCCAGCUAAAAAUUCUUUCCCUAGGUUUCGAUCUAAAAAACUCAUUCUUGGAGUCAGAAGGAUCUGGAAGACAUGUAUCCUGAGAAACCUGAGACAGCAGUGAGGUAGAGCUGGGAAAUCUUGCUGAGGUACACGACAUAGACCAAAUCUGUCAGGAGAAAGAAGACCAAGCUGAGAUGUGAUUUCUCUGAAGAAACGCGAGAGAGAGAGAGAGAGAAACAGCAUUUGGGGUAAUGCUGGCAGAAGAACACUUGAUCAGAAGUUGUUAAGUGUGAAUGCACUGUUGUUGUGACACAGAGACCUGGACAGCUCAGGUGUGCUUAAAUCACAGUGUGCUUAAAUCCCACUGAUUUUUAACUAACCAGUUCCAGGAAGAGGACCUUCAAUCAGGAGAAUUGAUCACUGCUGUUUCCUUGCUGCAUUGAAAGGGAAACAAUGCUCCAUUCAACAUUGGCCUUGUCCCUUCUGUUAAUUGCAGUCACUUCCAACCUUGCAAUGGCAAUUAAAAAGGAAAAACGAGCACCUCAGACACUGUCAAGAGGGUGGGGAGAUGAAAUUACCUGGGUACAAACUUAUGAAGAAGGGCUUUAUCAAGCAAAAAAAAGUAACAAGCCACUGAUGGUAAUUCAUCAUUUGGAAGACUGUCAAUACUGCCAAGCGUUGAAGAAAGCUUUUGCAGAAAAUGAAGAAAUACAGGAAAUGGCCCAAAAUAACUUUGUUAUGCUGAAUCUCAUGCAUGAAACCACAGAUAAAAACCUGUCACCUGAUGGACAAUACGUGCCUCGAAUCAUGUUUGUAGACCCAUCUCUCACAGUACGAGCUGAUAUCACAGGAAGAUACUCCAACCGGCUUUACACGUAUGAACCACAAGACAUACCAUUCUUAAUAGAGAACAUGAAGAAAGCACUACACCUCAUUCAGACUGAAUUGUAACCAGCAACAGUGAAAUUACCAUAACCUCUACGAGGUGAAGCUGCACCUCUGUCUCUACUAGAAUUUUGAACUCUUACCAAGCAGUUUGGUAUAUCAGAUUUCUUAAGAACAAUUUGGAGAACAAAUACAGAAAGACUAUCACAUCCAUUUGCAAAACAAGAAGAUAAAUAUAUUAAACACUUUGAAAUUAGUUAUCUGAAUAACUGAAAGUGAUGGUUUAAGGUGCGGCAACUUUGAGCUGUAUUUUAUCAAUCCAACUCUGACCCUAUUAAGUCAGCUAUGACUUCUGACCAGGAAUUAUAAACAAUCUUUUGGAUCUCUAUUUGCAAUUUAUUACAUAAGUGAAUAGCUGCAUGUUGGCUCUCCAUUUUAAUUUUUAUUGCAAGAAGCUUGUUAGUUGUUAGUUUACCUCUGCUUUAUACACUUAUUUCUUGUUAAAAGAAAAUAAACUUUGGUGUCAAAUCAUACAAGAAAGCUCUUCUGAUACAUUUUGGAAUAGCUUAUAGAGAAAAAAAACAGUGAUCUGGGCUUAGCUUUCCCCUGUGUAAUCCUUUAACUAUUGUUCUGAUAGCUGAAAACAGGACAGACAUUACAGACUGAGCAUGUGGUCUCAGUGAGGUGAUAACCAUCAAAGAGCAACUACAGGUUUUGCUAUGAUAAAGAUACAGUGAAGCAAGAGAGAUGGAAGGAAACAGUCCCACAACCCCACUCUUAAGUGAGGAUAAGUGAUGCUUGUAAAGUCUCAUAUAGGAAAAAUGAGGAGGCUUUUCCUAGCUCUUUUCAUUUAAACAGUGCACUUGAGUCAUGGGAAACUCAUCACAGGUCGUUCCCUCUU